UUACCGUUCACGUAUUCUGUCAUCUGAUAUAUCCCUUAAAUGGAUGAAAAAAUAAGAUAUAUGAGAAGGGAACAAAACAAAACAAAACAAAAAAAAACAAAGACAGACUGAGUUAGGUCUGGCGCAUAUUCUAGUAAUUAUACCCCUGGCGCAGCUGUGUUUUCUACCUGUUAAUGGAAUAUAAUGUAUCAACAUGCAGCGCUACAUCCUUCUUGUUAACGUCUUAUAUGAGUUAUAAGAUUCCACCUUCUUCGUGCUAUUCGUCUUUUUAUCUACUAACAGCUGUUUCUUCUUUUUGUGUUUUUGUGUUUUUCACUUUUUUCUUUCCAACUUGUUUUAGCCUUAUCUCGGUCUUAAUUGCACCUUAACUAAAUAAUUCAGGCAAACCAGCAGAUGUGUAGUGACAGGAAGAGGAUAUUUGACAAACAACUCUAACCGUAAGUGAAAAAUACUGAAUAAAUAAUGAUUACAAGAAGACGUGACAAAAAAUAAGAAUUAAUGCAGACAUCACACGCAAUUCUUUGACCUUUAACUUUGUUUUUUGAGAAACCAGACUACAGUAUAGCCAUCUUCUGCCAAGUAGAGUUAUUAUGGAAAAAGCGUUUGAGAAAUCCAUCUGCCUUGGUACUGCAGUGGCCUACGUAUUUCUUUUAUUUUUCAUUUCACUUCCGAACAGCCUCAUCCUGGUCGCGUUGUACAGAAACCCUCUCCGGUGCUUCAGAAAAGCGUUUUCCGUAUUCCUGGCGUUUAUCGCAGCAGUGGAUCUGUUUAAUGGCGUCGUGGUAUGCUUUGGGAAAGUGAUAAUGAGAUUUAUUUGCGCUUUUGAGGAACAAAAAAUUUCUCAAGAAGGAGACAUUCUUACGAUUUUAGAAUACACCGGAAUAAACAGUUCUAUUCUGUUGGUGACGGCGAUGUCAGUGGAUCGUUUCAUAUCUGUUGCUUUUCCUCGUUUCUAUCUUCAUAAAGUCAGCCCAAGAAAACUCGUCGCAUGCAACACGACCAUCGUGAUUUUUUCAUUAAUUUUUGCCUCGAUCCAACUUGCUGACAUUUCCAUCGCUAUUUAUCUGUCAAUAGACAUACAUUUGCACACGACAUUUCCUCUUGUUACGUGCAUUUCAGCUUAUUUGGGAAUAUUAUUUGUAUUAAAGAAACGAUCUCAGGUUGAUUUACAGAGGCAAGUCUCUACGCCUAGCAACCCAACACUCCACGAUAUGAGACGAUUGAGAGUUGCACAAAAGGAGCGAAAACUUGUGGCAACCUCGUUUUUCAUUCUGCUUUUUCUAAUUAUUUCUUUGGUCCCAUAUUUCGCAGCAAUUCUUCUGGAAAAAAACUGUUCUGGUUGUCGCGGUAAGAAUUGGUUCUUCGGGCUACGAGAAUCAACAAUCGCAUUUCUGUUUAUUAAUUCAAUGGUCAAUCCUUUCUUGACUACCUAUCGCAUCCGGGAAUUGAAGCAUUCGGUGAAAAGUGUUCUUGGUUUAAUGAGGCAAGAUAUUGAAAACAGUUCUGGCAAUGUGUUUGCACCAACCUCCUUAAGGUAGCAUCCCACCUCAAAUGUGACCAUCGUAGGA